AUGGAUGGCUGCCAGCCAGAGGUUGACAACGUGUUCGGACCGGUGGUAUCAUACUGCCGCGAUGAGUUCGACUUUACUCUGCUCUUCGAGCAGGCCAUUCUCUCGAUGGCGCCCUCGGCGCUCGUGCUCGCAGCAUCCGCGUAUCGCCUUCGGGUGCUCUAUCGCCAACCCAGCAAGACAAUCCCUGCGGCGUCAGUGCCAUGGAUAACAGCGAAGCAGGCGGCUAUAGUAGGCUUUGCGAUCACACAGUUGAUACUCACUAUCCUGUGGGCGAUACCAGGGUACAAUCCCACGCAGCUGUCCAUUGCAGCAUCUGCGCUCUCCUUCGCCAGUAGCAUAGUGCUUGCCGGGCUCUCGUAUGUGGAAUAUAAUCGGUCCGUUCACCCGUCGGCCAUCCUUACCACCUACCUACUUUUCUCCAUUCUCUUCGAUGUCUGUCAAACGCGGACGCUCUGGCUUCGACGGACAGACAUAGCGAUUGCCAUUGUAUUCAGUAUCGGCACAGUGAUGAAAGCGGGUAUGCUUGGCGUAGAGAUGGUUGGAAAGCGCUCCAUACUGCAGUCUCCCUAUCGAGACUGGUCCCCGGAAACUUUGGGGGGAACUAUUAAUCGGAGUGUCUUUUGGUGGUUGAAUGAGCUCUUGCGCCAGGGCUCCGCCACUGUACUGCACCUGUCCGAUCUGUACCCGCUGGAUCCAGGCCUAGAGUCAGCUUGCCUGCAGUCGAGGCUGAAAGCUGCCUGGGAGGACUCCGCACAGCAAAAGUCCUAUGCGUUGUUACUCGCAACUUUCAUCAGCUUCUGGAAGCCGAUGGUGGCAGUUGCUAUCCCUCGAAUCGCCCUUAUCGCCUUCAAAUUUUGCCAACCGCUUCUCAUCGACCGCGCCGUUUCGCUGCUGAGUGCGCCUGACGGUCCUAGAGAAACCGACAUCGGUCGCGCUCUGAUCGGCGCGACGGGCUUGGUCUAUGCCGGGGUUGCCGUAUGUACGGCGCAGUAUAAACAUAAAACAUAUCGCUACAUUACCAUGAUGCGCGGUGGGCUCAUCAGCUUGAUAUACGAUACGACGCUUCAGCUUGAUAUGCAAGCCGCGAAUGAAGCAGCCGCCGUUACUCUGAUGAGUACGGAUAUUGAUCGAAUCGUAGCCGGGUUUGAGUGGGCUGAUGCUCUCUGGGCUGGCCCUAUCGAGAUCGCCGUUGCCAUUUACAUGCUCUACACUCGGAUAGGACUGUCUUGUCUCGGGCCAGUGAUUAUGGUUAUCUUAUUCGUGGUGAGCAUGUUCGCUUUUGGAAACCUCUCCGUCAAGUACCAAAGGGACUGGAUUGAAGCUGUGCAGCGCCGCGUCACUGCCACCUCCUCAGUGCUCGAUAACAUGAAGGGAAUCAAAAUGUCCGGCUUGUCGGACGUGUUCAAUGCGGAGCUGCAGCAGCUGCGAGUUCUGGAACUCGCAGUUUCCUCGAAGUUCCGGCAAAUCAUCGCAUUCUUCGCGGUGCUUUCAAACUUCUCGGGCGCCACUAUCCCCAUCUUGACCUUGAUCAUUUAUGUCUUGGUCACUCGAGCGACAACGGGGGUGGAACUUAAUCCAUCCAUGGCAUUCACUUCAAUCUCGCUCGUCGCCCUGCUGGCAGCCCCAAUCCAACAAUUUGCUAAUGCUCUCAUCCACUUUGCCGCCGCGACUGGUUGCUUUCAGCGAAUCCAGGAAUACCUUCUGAAGACCGCCCAACGAGAGGAAUACGUCUCCAUCCCACCUUCUAAGACUGAGACCUUGAAUGGAGUAGAGCUCCAGACUAUGAAUCCGCUCGCGCGGCAGUACUUGCAAACGGAGAAUCUUUUGUGUCUCCAGGGUACUGCGUUUGCCUUCACCCCCCACGGACCCCCGGUGCUGCACGACAUUUCACUAGAUUUAGCGGUUGGUGUACGAACAGUGGUGGUCGGGCCUACCGGAAGCGGGAAGACUGCCUUGCUCCUGGCUUUAUUGGAUGAGCUGUAUACUACUAAGGGAUUCGUCUACUCGCGCUCGUCGCUUAAAAUAGGGUAUUGUGCACAAGAGCCGUGGCUCCCAAACCUCGACAUCCGCUCGAUCAUCCUGGGAGACUCCAACUAUGACAAGGAUUGGUAUUUGGCCGUCCUCGGGGCUUGUGCGUUGUUCCAAGACCUCCAAAAUUUACCCAAAGGGGACGAAUCGAUCAUUGGGAGUAAGGGUACUAGCCUAAGUGGAGGACAGAAACAGAGAAUCAGCCUCGCCAGAGCACUCUACGCGCGGACAGAGUUACUUUUGCUGGACGAUGUGCUGAGCGGGCUUGACGCGACCACAGAGCAAACCGUACUUAACAACGUGUUUGGGCGACAUGGUAUUUGCCGCAAGACCUGCACGGCUGUUAUUUUCACCACACAUUCAGUCCAGCACGUCAAGCAGGCAGACCAUGUGAUCAUUAUGGAACCUGGAGGAACUAUCCUGAAGCAGGGCACGCCAUCCUCUGUCAACUUGGUCAGCGCGGACGACGAAGAGAGCGGCUAUGAAAUGAUAGAUGAUGAUGAUGAUGCUAAUCACCGAGGCGAUCCUCACCCGCUGGGGCCGGAAACCGGAGAGCAAAUGGAAGAGGAACGAGAAGGGGAGGAGCCUCUGCGUAAGACCGGUGAUAUACGCCUGUAUUCGUACUAUUUCCGAAUGCUGGGCUGGGAGGUCACAACAGUUAUCGCAGUCAGUUGUGCUCUCUUCGCUUUCAGCGCCAAGUUCCCAACGGUCAGGCUCAAUUGGUGGUCCGAUGCUGAGACCCAACACCCAGGGCAGCAAACAAGCAUGUACAUGAUUGUCUAUGGUAUGUUCUGCGUAAUCUCUCUCGUCGUCCUCAUAGUGGGCAUAUAUGUGCUAGCCAUGGCGGGAAUACCUCGGUCAUCCAACAAACUCCACGCUAUUCUGCUUCAAAAGGUAAUGGCCGCUCCAUACUGGUUUUUCGUCUCGACGGAUUCAGGCCAGACCCUCAAUCGAUUUAUUCAGGAUAUGUCGCUCAUCGACAUGCAACUCCCUAUCGCACUCGUUGACUUCAGUUUUGGAGUAUUCUUAUGCAUAAUGGAAGCUAUUCUCAUUGCUCUAGUGUCUAAAUGGGCCGCAUUGAUGUACCCACCCUUGAUAGGCAUCCUAUUUAUUUUGCAAAAGUUUUACCUACGGACUUCUAGGCAGAUGAGGUUUCUCGACCUCGAAUUGAAAUCCCCACUCUACUCGCAUUUCUUGGAAACCCUUCAAGGACUUACGACGAUCCGAGCCUUCGGCUGGCAAGCAUCUGCCGAGAUGAAAAACCAUCGCCUUCUCGAUAACUCCCAACAUCCAUUUUACUUGAUGUUCAGUAUCCAGAGAUGGCUGGGGUUUGUGUUAGACGCUAUUGUAACCGUGGUGGCGACGGUCAUCAUGGCGUUAGCCACGCAGGUACACGCUUCGUCGGCCGGGGGUCUCGGUGUCUCCUUGACCAACAUCUUAUCGUUCAGCGGCACAUUGUCGUUGCUGAUACGGGUUUGGACGGAACUCGAAACGUCUUUGGGUGCUGUCUCUCGUAUGAGGACUUUUGAAACAGAUACACCAUCAGAGCAUCUUGUCCAAGAACACAGGCAACCACCCGCUAAUUGGCCUUCGAACGGCGAACUCAUCAUCUCAAGCCUUAGUAGCCAUUAUCGACCGGGCUCGAAGGAAGCUUUGCGGGACAUAUCAGUCAAGAUACAACCAGGCGAGAAACUGGGUAUUUGCGGCCGUACUGGAAGCGGGAAGACAUCGUUUAUCCUCGCCAUACUUCGCCUAACGGAGAUCACCAAGGGCGAGAUCUUUCUGGACGGUCUUCCCCUCUCGAGCAUUCCGCGGCUCCUAGUGCGACAAAGCAUUACGGCUAUUCCGCAGGAGCCACUCAUUCUCCGCGGCACGGUCCGCUUCAAUGCGGACCCGUUUUCACGACACUCCGAAGGACGGAUUGUCGGGGCCUUGAGGGAAGUGGGGAUCUGGGAUGUCAUUCUUGCACGAGGCGGCCUCGAUGCCGAAAUGGACAGUGUUGCUUUAUCGCGCGGUGAGCAGCAGCUGUUCUGUCUAACUCGUGCACUCCUGGCCAGGCCGCGUAUUCUCAUCCUUGACGAAGUGACCUCCAGCAUUGACAGUGCCCGUGAAGAACACGUAAUGCAGGUACUGCGCCGCACUUUUGCGGAAACCACAGUGCUUAUGAUCGUGCACCACUUGCAAAUAGUGCGGCAGUUCGAUAGGAUCUUAGUGCUGAGUCAAGGAGAGGUGAUCGAAUGGGGUGAGCCGGAGCAGUUAAUGGCGCAGGAAUCGGCUUUCCGGUCAUUAUUGGAAAGUCAGCAAGGCACGACGGUGAAUGGGCACUCUUGA